AUGGAGCCGCCCAGGUUCUGCGUCGACCCCAUUGUCGAGGCAGGAAAGAGCAGAAACAUGCAGGUUAAUCUAGCGACAAGGAGAUCUUCGCUCUCAUCUUCGCUGCCAUGGAUCCGGCUGCACUCCUUGAAACCGACGCAGGCAUCAGAAAGCUCGCUUUCGGCCUAUUACGAUUUCUCGGACAAGAAGAGCUCUGUCACAAGCUUGGGCCCUCCUUGUCGCAAGAUGCAUAGCAUCCUGCAUGUUCCUACCAAUGAGAAGGUCAAUGCUAUAAGACCGUUAAUUAAGCAGGGCGUAGACCCGCUCAGUGCGAUCACUAUCAUAUCAUGGGUUUCCAGGACACUCUUGAUUAGCAUCCCGCUCCCCAGAGUCGUGAGCGGUGCCUCUAUCGCUAAACUUGCCGAAGAAGCUGCACGACGACUCUCAAGAGCCGCCAUUCCCCUGAUCGAAUCCGCCAACGACAUCGCCAAAAGUGAAGACAACAGCCCGAGCGGUAGCCAUUCGCCUAUUAACACAUCGAUAAUAUUCAAUAAGCCGACCAUCUUUUGCAACACCCUUGGCUUGUUCAUGAAGGGUUCAUUGGAUCUGGACCGCCAUGAGAAGGCUCUGAAUAAGGCCCUCCGCCGGCAUGAGAUCAUCCGCACGGUAUUCUUGCCUGAGGGAGAGCAAGUCAUCUUAGCAACUCCAGUAACCCGUAUACUCUAUGUUGAGGUGAGCGAUCGGGCAGCGGCAGAAGAGGCGUAUAAGCAACUGGAGAAGAAAGAGUACGAUCUCGCCGUGGAUGAAGGCCUCAAGAUUAUCAACCUCGGCAGCUCGAUAACUCAAAACUUUCCGCUGUACAUCGGGGCGCAACUUUUGGCGCCGCAGCAAUACUCCAGCUUUGCCUCGCGGCAGAGAUCCGAGGUCCACGGUGGUCAGACAGAUAGACACCGACAUCACGUACUAGACUUCUAUAAACAAGACCGUCCCGGAGGUCCUCCCAAUCCAAUUGCUUCCCAGCGCCUAAAGGCAGCGAUGGGCGAGCAACCACGUCGGGACACUGCGCCUGAGCGCGAUUCUGGCCAUCCGUAUCCACAAGCCGUGCAAGAAGCUCAAGGGCGUGACGCCUAUGCACUUCUACCUGACGGCCUCCACCUGCUCCUUGCGCAACUCUUAAAUACGGAGGACGUGGCUAUAGUCAUCGCAGACACCAACUGCGUAAACGUCCAGGACGUCUAUAAUAUGGGUUUCUUGGUCAACCUGCUCCCGGUCCGUCUCGCGCCCCCUGCGCCGGCGCAGACCUUUGUCAAUGAGCUCGAGGCCGUCAAGAAGCGCUUGCGCAAGGCGAUGCAGCAUUCUAAUACAAGAUGCCGAGUAGACCCGACGGCUCGGCGGUGGUUCUUUACGAAAAUCCGGGCUUCUCGGGAGCGCACACCGCACACCGCACACACACCGCACGAUGUUGUCCUGGAGAUGUCGGACGACCCGGCAAAAGAGCCGGCAAAAGAGCCGCUUGUCACUGUCAAGCUGUAG